AAAGAAAGUGACAGUUAGGGUCGGGACAAAGCUUUCAAAGACAGACGUUUGAACAGUUUCGUCUGGAUAAAGUUAUUGUUUUUGGACAAUUAAGUUACUGUUUUCAACAAGCAGCUUGUCUUACAAAAUAGAAGAAACUAAGAAACAACUUUUAAAGAAUAUGAAAUGGUGAAGAUGUCCUCAAGAACUAGAACACAAUCAACUUGUUGACAGCCAGACAAGUGUUGAACUUGCUAGCUGACGUUAACAAUGUGAACACAGAUCGGUUUGCAAUACAAUGGACGGCAAGGGAACGACCGUUACCAAUAGCUGAUAUUUUUCCACACAUUUUGGACGCUUAAGACCGUGGUAUUACCAGUACUUCAGCUAGUUAGGUAGUUAACCAACUCGACAGCUGUGAACUUUUACAGAGCUUUCUGUUUGAGUUUGAGAGGCAUUAUUUUCCUCAGUAGUUAUGUUUCCUCUAGAUUCGACAUGGAACAUUUCCUUUGCAGGUUGCGGUUUCUUAGGGAUCUAUCAUAUCGGUGUAGCGAGCUGUCUACUGGAACAGUGUCCGUUUCUAGUGCAUAAUGCCCGGCACAUCUACGGGGCAUCGGCUGGGGCGCUCACCGCCUCUGCGCUGGUCAGCGGAGCGUGUUUAGGCGAGGCAGGUGCCAACAUCAUUGAUGUGGCCAAGGAUGCCCGGAAGCGUUUCCUGGGGCCUAUGCACCCCUCCUUCAACCUGGUGAAGAUCAUGCGUAACAUGCUGUAUAAAACCCUGCCACCCGAUGCUCACCACCGCGCGACUGGGAGGCUGGGCAUAUCACUGACCAGGGUGACUGACGGAGAGAACGUCUUGGUGUCCCACUUUAACAGCAAGGAGGAGCUGGUGCAGGCCUGUGUCUGUAGCGCCUAUAUCCCAGUGUACUGUGGACUGAUCCCCCCUACGCUGCAGGGUGUGCGUUACGUGGACGGUGGCAUCAGUGAUAAUCUGCCACAGUAUGAGCUGAAGAACACCAUCACUGUGUCUCCAUUCUCUGGAGAGAGUGACAUCUGUCCUAGAGAUAGAUCCACCAACAUGCAUGAACUACGUUUCACCAACACCUCCAUCCAGUUUACACUCACCAACCUCUACAGAGUGUCCAGAGCUCUGUUCCCGCCCGAUCCACAGGUUAUGAAGGCCAUGUGUAAACAGGGGUACAAAGAUGCUCUUCACUUUCUAAAGAUUAACGGACUGUUGAAUCACACAGGACCCCACAGACCUCUGAUAGCCGACGUUGAGGAUGAGGAAGAUGAUGUCAUGGAGGAUGAUGACGAUGCAGAACACGGGGAGCAUCAUGUGGAGAAUGAGUUCCGACCCGGCGAGAAAGGGUCAGCGGUAGCCCCCUCCGAGUCCAAAUCCAACGUCGAGGAUCACAUCUUUGAGCACCUGCCACCCAGACUACACAAAGCUCUGGUGGAAGCCUGCAAGGAGAGAUACAGUCUGGGCCAGUCGCUAAGCAACCUGCUGCCAGUCAGGAUGGCGACAGCUAUGAUGCUUCCCUAUACCCUCCCCCUGGAGUCUGCUCUGUCCAUGACUGUUAGACUGUUAGAGUGGCUGCCUGAUGUUCAGGAGGAUGUGGGAUGGAUCAGAGAGCAGGUCGUUAAGAUGCUGCAGUGUGCUGUGAUCCGGGCCACCAAGACUGUCUCCAACCACGUCUCUGCAAAAUGUUACUACCAGUUGGAACUACGUCACUGCAAGUCCCUGCCUGCCCAGCUCAUCCCUGCCGGCCUGCUCCCUGGCUGGGUUAGUGGAGGCAGCUCCUCUGUGCUGGAUAUUAUCAGCCGUCUGGACCAAUACCAGAGGCAGCUGCUGCCGGGCUCCUUCUGUGUCAACCUGGACCUCCGGGGCUCCUUCUACACCGAGGGGACCACAGGAGGGACCCCAGGCCCAGGAGGGUCCACCGGAGCUGGGGAAGAAGGACCAGGACCAGCCCUGGCCCCUAUGGCCUCCACCAUAGACCCAGAGGAGGUAGAGGGGAUGGGGCUGAUGAUGAGGAGGCUCAAUGAAAACCACAACUCUACUCCAGCCUCACUCUAAUAUUAUAAUGUAUCCUGUAUGAAAAGGACUAGGGUGGACUGUAAAAUAGGGCGUGUCCAGAAGGUAAAUUAGGGCGUGUCCAGAGGGUAAAUUAGGGCGUGUCCAGAAGGUAAAUUAGGGCGUGUCCAGAGGGUAAAUUAGGGAGUGUCCAGAGGGUAAAUUAGGGAGUGUCCAGAGGGUAAAUUAGGGCGUGUCCAGAGGGUAAAUUAGGGCGUGUCCAGAGGGUAAAUUAGGGAGUGUCCAGAGGGUAAAUUAGGGAGUGUCCAGAGGGUAAAUUAGGGCGUGUCCAGAGGGUAAAUUAGGGAGUGUCCAGAGGGUAAAUUAGGGCGUGUCCAGAGGGUAAAUUAGGGAGUGUCCAGAGGGUAAAUUAGGGAGUGUCCAGAGGGUAAAUUAGGGCGUGUCCAGAGGGUAAAUUAGGGAGUGUCCAGAGGGUAAAUUAGGGAGUGUCCAGAGGGUAAAUUAGGGAGUGUCCAGAGGGUAAAUUAGGGAGUGUCCAGAGGGUAAAUUAGGGAGUGUCCAGAGGGUAAAUUAGGGAGUGUCCAGAGGGUAAAUUAGGGAGUGUCCAGAGGGUAAAUUAGGGCGUGUACAGAGGGUAAUUGGGGAGAUGGUGAAAUGGCAUGAUCCUUCAGAACAAUGCCACUGAGCAGACGCUUUUAUCCAACCCCACGUUCAGUACACUGAGUCAAACCCACAUUCAGUACACUGAGCCAAACCCACGUUCAGUACACUGAGUCAAACCCACAUUCAGUACACUGAGCCAAACCCACGUUCAGUACACUGAGUCAAACCCACAUUCAGUACACUGAGCCAAACCCACGUUCAGUACACUGAGUCAAACCCAUGUUCAGUACACUGAGUCAACCCCACGUUCAGUACACUGAGCCAAACCCACGUUCAGUACACUGAGCCAAACCCCACGUUCAGUACACUGAGCCAAACCCACGUUCAGUACACUGAGUCAUGCCCACGUUCAGUACACUGAGUCAACCCCACGUUCAGUACACUGAGUCAACCCCACGUUCAGUACACUGAGUCAACCCCACGUUCAGUACACUGAGUCAAACCCACUUUUCUAUUAGGAUCACAGACUGUUGAUACCUAGCCUAGGCACCUACAGGGCCAGGGACCUUCAAGAACCUUGCACCGAUCUGCAUAAUCUCGUCUGCUCAGACAGCACCUUAGAAUGACGUCUACUUGUUUUUGUUGAGUUGUUACCCCUCCUCUGGCUCUGAUAACAAGCCCCGUCAGCUCAUCAUUACACAGUGCCCAACAAACAGUAUUUUAUAUUGUUUUAUGUUUUAUGUAAUAUAACGUUAAGCUAUAAUCAAUACACUGUGACAGGGCCAUAAAGGGUAGUGCUCAUCAGUGAGGAAAUUGGAUCUCCCAUUUUGUUUCAUUUUAUCACCACUUAUUUACAGCCAACUGUAUAAUAUUUGUGUUCUGGUGGACUGUUUUUAGAGUGUUUGUGUUCUGGUGGACUAUUCAUUCUGACAAUGAGGGACUUAAUGCACGUGCCAACCAAUGUACUAUUCAUUCUGACAAUGAGGGACUUAAUGCACGUGCCAACCAAUGUACUAUUCAUUCUGACAAUGAGGGACUUAAUGCACGUGCCAACCAAUGUACUAUUCAUUCUGACAAUGAGGGACUUAAUGCACGUGCCAACCAAUGUACUAUUCAUUCUGACAAUGAGGGACUUAAAGCACGUGCCAACCAAUGUACUAUUCAUUCUGACAAUGAGGGACUUAA